AUGGUGGAUACCAAUCUCAACAGCUUAGGUGGCUAUGUGGACAACCUCACUCCUGAGGAUGUCUAUUACAUGAUCCUAGAACGCAAAAUGAGCAUAGAGGAUCUACAUGACUGGCUCAAACAAUGGGCCAUGCAAGCAGCUCAGAAUGAUCUGAGCAGAAGUAUAUCUAACUUAGCAAUCCAUGAACUAAGUGAUGAAGGAGGACAUGAGUCUGACCUUGAAAGUAACAAGGCCAUGAACAAAUGGAAUCCCUUGGAUUAUGCUGAUGGAAUGUGA